AAGCAGCUUUUUACAUCACUCCAACCUUAUUCACCCCAGGCGAGGAUAAACACAGUGUAGCACGCUGAUGUGAUAUCAUCAACAACCAUUGCUCAAAAAGGGAAGAGAAAAAUCAACUCCUACGCACAACUCGUCGCAUGAUCAGCCAACUAAAAAAAACCCCACCUAACAUUGAUUCCAACGUUAUACCUGGACAGCCCGGGACGCGAUGUCGUAUUUGCUUGUCGUGUCGUACACACUCAGCGUGUCGUACGAGGGAGUAUAAAGCCGUAUCCAAUGUGAGCAUACCAUCAGAGUCAUUUGAAGUGCUAAUUAAUGUAACGUGUAUAGAAGUCGCUCUCUGUGAUCGCAACAGGUGGAAAUCGUGGGACAUUUACAUUGUGUACAGCGUAUAGCAAUACGAACUUAUCUUCACCGCAUCAGCGCUCUCAACCGUGGAUGCCUUGUCGUGUACAGCGUGGACCUAAAAUGAUGCACUAUCGAUGUUUAGAUCCACCUACAACUCCUCAACAUCAGCCAGAACCUUCACCCAGUGCUAGUAUCCCAAGUCCUGCUACACCUGUCUACAACUCAGGCAACAUGGCAUUCCCAGACUGGGCCUAUAAACCAGAGAGCAGUCCUGGCUCUCGUCAAAUCCAACUCUGGCAUUUUAUCCUAGAGCUCCUCCAGAAAGAAGAGUUCCGUGACGUGAUUACAUGGCAAGGAGACUAUGGAGAGUUUCUAAUCAAGGAUCCGGAUGAGUUAGCCAGGGUAUGGGGAAUGAGGAAGUGUAAACCACACAUGAACUACGACAAACUCAGCAGAGCACUCAGAUAUUAUUACAACAAGCGCAUCCUUCACAAAACCAAAGGGAAGAGAUUCACCUACAAGUUUAAUUUCAGUAAGCUGAUCUUAGUGAACUACCCUGGAACAGACAUGAAGUAUAUCCCACAGUACAUGCCUCCCCAAUCAGCCCCAGCCAACAACCCCAGCUCUCCAGAUGAUGUCAUUCUUAUUGAUGAACAAGGAGGUAAUGAUAAAUCUCAGGAUCGAGGUAGGACACUCAGUGAGUCCUCCAGUGACUCAACGGAAUCCCUCGAUGGCUCAAAGAGACCAAGACCUGUGAGGCAACGUUCUCAUAGCCUUGGUGAUGCAGAACCGUUAGGUGUACCUCAACCUGGUAUGAGGACUGAAAUGCAGCCUCCUAUACUCCCAAUGGAUGCCAGACCACCACCUUUCUCUCCAAGCUACCCUACACUCAGACCGCCAUUCUACUCUCACUCUUUGCCUGCAAGCCCUUGCUACCUUUCUCCAAUGCCUAGCCCAGCCUCAGCCUUAAGCCCUAUUUUCACAGCACCAUGUCCAAGGUUUACCUACUCCCAGGCUGAGAUUCGAGCCCAUCAGGAGGCACAAUCCCGACUGGAGCAUGAUCGUGUUACAAAGCUCCGUGCUCAGAUGAUGCCUCGGACAUUCGCAAUGCCCAUGACCCAAUCCCCAGGGACAAUCUGGAGAACUCAUACAGAGAAUGAGGUUCGGAUAAGUGGGCUAAACAUAUCCCAAACUGAACAACAAAGACACGAGAACGUGAUAUGCAUUCCAGAGCGUCCGAUGCAGUCUGAGCUUUACCUGAGAAGAAUGAAUGAACGUCGACAAUCUCAGUUGACUCUCUCCUCACCACCUGAGAUCAAGUUAGCUCCCUCCACCAUCACCUCUCCACCCAAUGAUAAUAACACCAUGAAGGUACCUGAACCAGUGCGUCCAUGGCAACACUCACCAAGGAAGGCUUCUCCUGAUCGAGGGUACUCCAGCAAUCUCUUGUCUCCACGACGAUCACCAGAAAGGACCCGAGCAGAAACAGAAGUCAAGAUGGAGAGUCAAACUGAUAGACUCACUCAGAACAAAUCUGAGAAAACUCAAAAUACAACGGCAGAAGAGAAAAGUGACUUGGAACGCAAAAAUCAGGAGAAAUGUAUUCCAAUCAAACUUCGUGUGAAGCGAAAGUGGAACAGAGACAAUUUCCGUCCUCCUUCGUAUCAAGAGGUGGAACCUAAAUCUCCCAAGAUAACUCUUGAGCCUAAGCCAUCCUCCCGAUCCCUUCCCUGCACCCCGACACAAAAGUCAAGUAGUUUAGGUACAGUCUUCCAAUUCCCUCCAACGGCUGAAGAUCCAGAGGAAUCCAUGAGGAAGUUUAGAGACUUCUAUUUUGACACCGGACCCUUCGACACCGGAGCCAGUCAAAGCGCCGGUUGCCCCCAGCCGAUGCGUGUCCUUCGAUCUCCUGGUGCUGUUAAUACAGUUAAGUCAGAACGCUCAUUUCGACCUCAUCUCUUGACCCCGGAUCGUGGCUUGGUACCUGAAGGAAGUCUGGUUAAAGUUGAGAGUGAUUCGGUUCUGAGCAAGAGAAGACCCCUGGCAUCAGAGCAGAUGAAAGAGGUAUGGAUAAAACGUGAGCCUCAUACUGAAUCAAAAGACCAAUAGGUCUAAACACAAAAUAAUGUAAUCAUUAUGUGUCAACUUUUCCUUCAACUGAUAAAGCUUGCACAUUAAAACAGGGUCUCAUUUCAUAAAGCUGUUAGACAUGACAAGUUUGUUUAGAAAUUCUCAACAAAUAUCAGUGGAUGACUAGUGAAAUCCUCACAUGAUUCACUUUGGCUGGUAAUCUGUGUAUGCUAGCCAAAAUGGUUACUGCUGAGCAAAAGUAAACCGGGAACCAGGCGAUCCACGUUGCAUAAUUACAGCUAAUUUUUUACCGGUAAUCGAUGUUUCUUAAGCAGGUUUUUUUCUGUAUUUGGCAAGUUUUAUUCUAAGCAACUGAUGUGAUAACGUCCCAAUGCUUAGCAACCAAAAUUGCAAGCAGAAACUGUUAGCAGCUCUAUGAAGUUUGGCCCACAAUUGAUUUGUCAAUACUGAGUAUUUCACACUUGUUGGAAGUGCAAAGCUUUACUUGUGUUUAAGUAUGCCCCAAAAUCAUGUGUUACAGCACCUGUGCUUGCUUUGAAUCUAAGUCUAGUGAAUGAAGGCUGGGUACCAUACAUGCUUAUUAUUUCCUUGUAAUGGAGCUAUAUAACAACAAAAACUUGUAAAUAAAAUUUCAAAAUAGUUUUGUCUUUUUUUUAAAAGGGAUACGUAUAGUAUAGUUUUUAAAGUAAUUUUUUAAAGGCAUCACACGUUUGAGUAGAAAUCAUUUUAACCAGAAUUUAGAAAGAAAUUUAACUUUGUUUAUUGUUUUCCCUUUUUGAUAAUACUAAAGUCACAGGGACGAAUAAGUUGUUUAAACUUGCCUCUUUUUUUGUUUGAUUUGUAUGAUGUUUACAAAAAUCAUGAUAAAACGUUUCCACAGUAACAGAUAACAAUUAUGGCUUCCAAUUUGCUCUUAAUCUUCAAGCUGGAGAUUUUUAAAGUUUAAGUAGAUAUUUGACUUUCAAUUUUACUUAUUUCCUUAACAAAAAAAGAGGAGAAACAAGUUACCUUUUUAUAAAAAACAAAAAUCAAAAACAUAUCAUGUUUUGUAUUGUUGAUUGUUUAAAAAGAACAAUGCCUUCACCUGUUUGUUGUGACAGUUAUCACCAUGGCAACGCUCCAAUACAACUUACCUAUCAUGUUGUCCAAGUUUUAACUGAUUUUAUCUAUUCAGUUGAGUUAUCUAAUGUAUAUGAUACUUUAAUUAUCAAGUAAUAAACUUGGUAAACAAUAAAUAGUAAAGACAAAUUUACCUGAGUGGGAUUUGAACCAACAACCUUUUCCAUGAUGGCUGUCUUUUAACUGAGGGAUGCAGCCCUAGGGAGACCACCAAUAUUGAGCUAGAUAGCUCAAUUGGUUCAAAUCCCGCUCUAGUCAAUAUUUCUUUGUUGAACCCCAUGACUCUUUGGGGGAAACCUGUGCACACUAAUGGACAGUGUCUUUCAGUGUGCCCGAAUUGGAACUGACAAUUCCCCUAAGUGCCGGUAAUGGGUAGUGGGAUGCAGACCUAUAAACACUGCUUUUAACAAAGGACAAGGAUGGUUGGAGCACGUUCAUGAUGGAUAGGCAAGGUUAACAAUGAGACCAGAUUCAGUUGAAUCAAUUUUGACCAGAGGCGAAACUUAGGGGCAUCAUUUGUCAACAUUUGCAGCGGUGUGACAUGAUGUUCACGUCCUUUUAAAACUGUAAAAACUGUACACCUCGAAAGUGUAUUACACACUAGAAAUAUUGAUGCAAUUUUUUUGAUUUUCUCCCUACAAAAUUCGUUUGGUUUAACUUUGUAUUGUACCUUUGUAUUGCGCACAUUUUGAUGUUGGGGUACUUUGUUUUAAUAAUCGCAUUAGUGCACCGUGAGACGUCAUUCCUGUAUUUGCAUAUCAGGAAUUGGCGCUUCCACAGUUUGGCCAAUAAGACGGUGUUUAAAGUCAUGAAUAUGUAUGAGGUAAUUAACAAUUUUGGUCUUCUAACUCUUGGGAAAGAAUUGAUUUCAUCAACUCCAAGUCAUCGCAAAGUGCAUUAACAUAUCAAUCAAGUUUCAACUUACGUGUGACUAACUGAAAAUAGAAAUUGAAAUUGCGAUUUCAUGGAAAAACACGCUCCGUUCCCAUCGAGGGGCGCGCAUUAAGUGGGGCUUUCCAUCGAGGGGCGCGCAUAAAGUGGGGGUUCCAAGGUCAAACUCAGUUAUGAAUCUUGUAACAAGAUACAGUCCUUAUGAAAAUGUAACCUUUUCAGGUGGGAAAAAUAACUUUCUUUUCUGUUGUGAGCUCAACACAAAAUUAAUACAUCGCGAGUACAAUUCAUAUCUGGAGAGGUCUGGUUACAGACCCUUGUGGGAAGACUUUGAUGUGAAUUGAGGUUGUAUUUUGGGGCUUGGGGGUUUCAAAUGACGGAGAUGCAAAGUGAUCAUCAGCAUUUGACGCAAUUGCCGUGAUUUAUGUUAGCUCUAACGACAAGGGAAUAAUCCACUCUAACAUCUAAGACCUGGCAAUCUUGAAUCUAUAUUCAAAUCUGUAUUUGCAUUUAGACAAAUAAGUUACCUUUGAAAGUCUAAUUCGUCUUGUUUAUUUGAGGGAAUUACAAAUCCCAGUUUAUUUAUUAAGCUGUUUCCAUAAUCUGUCUUAUUGUAAAUUUGGAGUCCAACCAAAUGUCGCAGUUUUGUUGCCAUGGGGACGACUCCGUGAAUACGUUGCAUGACAUGCAUUAUCAUGAAAGGGGGGGGGCAACAUUCCUGAACCCCUCGAUCUGUGACGUUUGUUAUAAUUUAAGUUCACUUUACCGCUCUGAAACUUUCAGCUUCAACGCCCCUUGCACAGGACUAUAAUUUUCCAAAACAAUUAGGAAGAGCUCACCAGUUCCAACCGAAUUUGACUUGAAAUGGUUAAUAUAACUAGGGUAUACAAGUUUAUAUACAAAGUGUUUCGGCAAUAGUGUUUAGGGAAUUUAAGUGAUGUUGACAAGUUAGUUAAACAAGAACGUAUUCCUUUGGUUUUUGGAGCGUUCAAUUGUUUUAAUCCUAUAUAAAUGUAGAUACAACAAAACCAACCUGUGAAAAAAAAAUCAUUUGAAAGGGUGGUAGCGUUUUUUAAGAUAUCGGCGCAAAUCCAGAGCUAUUUAGUCCUUUAGAUUGGACAUCAAAUCGUGGCUGUACUGAAGAAAGGCAAUCAUGCCCAUAGAAUUUGCCUCCCAACAAGGUUUUACAUUCACUUCUUUCUGGACAGUUCUUAUGGUGUAUGCACCUAUUUACUACAAAGUAUUAUUAUUAUUCUUCACUUAAAAUGUUGCUAUGCCUUCUGUUCGUUUGUUUUUGUUUUUAUAAAUUACAAUUAAUUUUUACAGACUAUAAGGGCAUAUAUUCUUAAUAUUUCCCUUGAAUAAUGUAGGUAUUAAUAAGUGAUUGCAACGUUUUCGUAAUACUUUCGUAAUUAAUUAAAAUAGCUUGUUUUUCUUUUAUGCGUUUUGAAGUAAUUUCUUCUGUAUUGUAGUAAUUUAUACAGUUAUCAAUUUGUUGAUAUUAAUGAUUUAGUUUUAUCUUAUAUUAUUGAAGUUUAAGUUCAUUUCGUCAUUGUAUUUUGGGUAAUUUAUUUCCAUGUAUAUACUAUAUAAAUUAUUUUGUUCAUUUUAAUUUGACCAUGACUACAGGCCAUCUAGAGUUGCUUACAGCCAUGGCAUAAAAUUGCUAAGCAGAUACUGCUAAGGUUAUCGAUCAAUUCGGAAGAUUUUUUUUCCAGAAGAUGUCAGUAGUACCAGCUCACAAUUUCAUAGAGUUUCUUUAAAUACACAAAAGCUUAGCCAGUGAAAAUAUGCUAAGCAGAGACAGACAUAAUGUACCUUUUGUGUGACAUAUCCCCUGCUUAUACUUAGCAGAAGAAAACAAAAAUGCUAAGCAAUAUUUUUGCUAAAAGUGGACUCGGUAAGCAAUUCUAAUAUUUGGUUUUUAUUGUAAUGAAUAAUGCAUUAUGACGCAUGCUGCAUAUUGUUACCAAAUAUGGCGUAUUUUGGAUGAAACGCGCGAGUUAAGAGGCACACCGUAAUUAACGCCUUCUCUUUUGGACUCCCGCUUUCGCUUCCGACCUUUUGGCAUAAUAAUAGACCAAAUGUUAAUAUUUGUCCCUUUCAUUGCGAGGCAUGUGGAAAUUGGAAAAGAACAACAGAUGUAUUGCUAUUCAGCCUAACUUUGUGUUUCUGUUUGGCUUUUUGUUUACGCUAUUUAUUGGCAGACCGGUCACUUGUACUUGUGUAAUUUGGAAUAAGAAGGAAUAAUAUACACAGAUGAACUAAUGACUUAUCCCAAGGCCUUUCUCUCGAGUCUGAGGGCAUUAGUGCACAACAAGUGACCAGGCAUCGGUUAACUUUCGUGUUCUCCACUCCAUGAUGGUUAUCCUUGUUCUAUAUAAGAAUGUGCCGAGUUUUCGCUCUAUGAAUCGUUAUUCCAGUUCAACGUUUAUUCCAUACUCUUGUUAAAAAAAAAAGAACAAGACAAGCUCACUUUAAAAUGUUGAGGAUUACAUUUCUCCUCUUCCGUGUCUCUCUGAAAGCACGACGUGAGAAAGCACGAGAGUGUUUCUUGGCAAGGAUAAGGGAAACCAAUGCCACUUGAAACCCAUUCUCGUGGGGCAACCUUCGAUUCUAAUAUUUAGUUACGUCAGAAGUGUGAUCCCUUUAAAGAUCUGACCACAAUACUUUUAGCCUCUCUUCAAGCCGUUGAGAAGAGGGCACUUGUCUGUCUUCGGAUAUCAAACUAAAAGCUCACAUGAAGAUAUCCUGGUGUCAUCGAGACGAUAUUCAAAAUGUUAAAUCGUGAAAUUAAAUCCAGUAUUAAAAAAAAAAAAAAACCACGAGAGAGGGAGAGAAGUAUUGUUCGACUUUAUGCGAUAGUCGAGGGUGAUCGGUACUAAUUUAAUCAUAUUCCAGGAUUCAAAAAAGCGAAAAAUUGCAAACUCUCAAAAAAACACGUUUGUGAAAUGUUCUUACUGUCCAGUUGCCGUGAAGUCUAGUCUCCUUUGGCAUCGGCUCUUACAUGAUUUAUAUACAUAUUUUUUAAAUGGUAGUGAACCCAUACCUUGUAAGAAUUCUCCAGUUAUAUGAACUACAUUAUCUGGCAAAUUUGUAUUAAUAGUUAACCUUGCAACAAUUAUAUGCCAGUUCUAAACCUGUGUUUCGGUGGUACACCGUGUAUUCAUUCAAAAGAACCAAUAGUUCAAAUUUCAACCAUAGCUAGCCAAAAGUUUCAUUGUCUGUCAUAUCGAAGCAAUUGCAGCAUUUGUAAGUUUUAACAUCUCCAAAAUCUUACUUAGGAAACGAUUCUAAUGAAAUAGAAAUAAGAAAGAGGCCUGAACUUGUAAGGGUUUGAGAGAGGGAGCGAGGUUGUAUGUACGGCAGACACUUUUAAGCUAUCAGAAGGUGAAAAGUUUUGUAACUAUUUAUACAGAAGUGAUUAUCCAUAACAUCGUUACUGCGCACUCCAUCUCUAGUCUAUAGUCUAUGUGGGUAAGCUACGGUACAUCAACACUGCGCAGUUUCAGCAAUUGAAUCGUGAUGAGUACUGCUCUGAUGAUUCGAAUGACAUCAUUGAUGAGGUACAUGUGACGUCACUCUUGGUUAUCAAUGAUGUAAUAGACUGUAUGUUGUCAUGCGUUUUGCCCCGUUAAUUAAACUCCAGGGGAAAAAAGUCAAUCAGUAUAAACAGGAGUAACGUUGUUGUGAAUUAAGUGGUGAAGUCAUGUAUUUUCGUGGGAGAGGGUUAUUGUGUGCUGCGGUAUGGAACGAGGCUUGCUGUCUAUUGUGACUACAGUAAAACUAUUUGAUUGAUGGGUAUUUUGUAUGAAUGUAAAUUGAUAUUUUAUUUUAUGAUAUAAUGUACAUGAUUGUUAACACACGUGUACAUUCACACAUCAUUUAAAUAACUGCGUCUAUUGUACAACGAAGGUGUUUAUACAAUGUAUAUUUAUAUCAGCUGAAUUUCAAUUUAAGGCUUUUUCGCCAUGUAUUAAACAUGUUAAAUUGUACACUAGAAGCAUAAUACGAUAAAACUGUGUGUCAUUUAUUAGUACAGGCAUACACACAAAAACAAAUAAUCACUUGUAUUAUUCUAUUGGAAUUUUUGAACAAACUGUUGUCAGAAAGAUACUAUUUUACUUAUUUGCACAUGCCUUGGUCAUUUAUAUUUUGGGAAAUAAAAUUGCAUAUUACAAGGUGUUAA